AUGAACCAAGAACAGUUUGAGAAGGAACUCGCCCGCCAACUCGAGAUCAAAGACCAAGCGCUGCGUCUUACCCGAUAUAAAAAUGGCAUAUCAAUCGACAGCAAGAAGGCGAGAUUUCCAGGUUUCCGCCAACAGAAGCGCAAUUUCAAGGCCGGACAGCAAGUUGAGCCGGGUGCGCUUCCUCUGAGUGAGGACCUGGUGAUGCAUGAAAGCGUGCCCAUGCAGCUGGAUGACGGCAUCACUCUUUACAGCGACAUUUUCCUCCCGGCAAGUUUCCAAGAUCUGGACUCAAGAUACGCCGAUCCGGUACCAGCGCUGGUGGCAUGGAGUCCCUACGGAAAGCAAAAGGGCACAACGCUGCUGGACGAUUUUCCAUUCCGCGCUGGCGUCCCCAAAGAGCACCUCUCCGGCUUGCAGAAAUGGGAAGGCCCAGAUCCCGACUUUUGGUGCCCGCGAAAUUACGCAGUCAUCAACGUCGAUACGAGGGGUGCGUAUUCAUCCGAAGGCGAUCUCCUCAUCAUGGGUCACCAGGAGGCUCAGGACGGUGCCUCGUUCAUUACUUGGGUUUCGAAACAGCCCUGGUGUAACGGUAAAGUAGCUUUGACUGGGAAUAGUUGGCUGGCAAUAGCUCAAUGGCGCAUCGGAAGUAUGCGUCCACCGGGACUGGCUGCCCUCGCCCCAUGGGAAGGCUUUUCCGACUUCUAUCGACACCACAUGUUUAGUGGCGGAAUUCUGUUUCCGGGUUUUCACGAAUCAAUUUCCAAUACUCUGGCGACUCAAGGAAAGCUCGAAGACAUCACCUCUCACGGUCGUGAGCAUCAGCUCUACGAUGCGUAUUGGGAGGACAAGGUUGCUCACCCAGAGCGUAUCAACGUGCCAGUCUAUGCUGCUGCUUCAUGGACUAACCCUGUGCACACCCCGGGAACCUUUGAAGCAUGGGAAGCCGUCCCGGACACCGUUCCCAAGUGGCUCAGAGUCCACAACUCCCAAGAAUGGCCCGACUACUACGAGGAUUGCAACCAGAAAGACCUGCUCCGCUUCUUCAACCGUUACUUGAAGGACCAGAAGAACGACUGGGAGGCCACGCCCAAAGUCCGUCUCAGCGUACUGCAUUUCGGCUUGGUGAACCAACUGGAUACGGUUGGACGCCCAGAGUCUGAAUUCCCUCUGGCGAGGACGCAAUACACCAAACUCUUCUUACAGAAAGACAACACUCUGUCACUCGAUCCUGAAGCCGCUGAAUCUGCGUUGCCCUAUGAUUCCCAAUCUGGAAAGCAGACUUUCCUCUACCAAUUCGACAAGGCCUGCGAGACGACUGGGUAUUUUUGCGCACAUCUUGUGAUGUCGUGUCCGGAGCAUACGGACAUGGAUGUCUUUGUACAAGUUGAGAAGCUGUCGGCUCUCAAGCAUCCCCAGGCUGUGCAGACGAUCAAGCCUCAGAAUGUUGUAUUGCAACGACUUUUGAAGUUCAUGCACGACUGGAAUAUCCUUCCUGGUGGUGCCGGUAUGGCCUUUCACCGGGGGCCCAGUGGAUGUCUGCGUGGCAGCUUUGCCUUGAGCCGCGAUGAACAGCGCAGCAAGGUAUACAAACCGCAUUACACAUUCACGGAGAAGAUAAGCCUUAAGAAGGGUGAAAGGCGAGCUCUCGAUAUCCUAAUGAGCCCUAGUGGCAUGUUCUGGGAGAAGGCGGAUCAUCUUCGGCUUACGAUAAAAGGCAGUGCGGUUGUCCCAUUUGCUUUGCCAGGUUUGGAGAUGCACUCGACCGACAACAAGGGCUUGCACGUGGUUCACUGCGGUGGGGAUGUAUAA